AUGUCGGUUGAUGGAUUUUAUCGGGGUCCCUCCCCGCCAGCGGCUCUGCCCCGUGAACUUUGGACUUUGACCCCCCUUCCCCCCCCCGGACGCCUGAGGCCCCGUCCCGGGAUGGACGUGCUGCGGGCGGUGGCCCGCCGGGCCUGGUCCCCCCCGGCCCCGCGGCCGCGACCCUUCUGGGUGUGCGACCGGCGGCGGGGGCGGCCCCGGGGGCUAGUGGCCGCCAGCCUGGAGGAGCUGCGGGAGCAGGCGGGGGAGGCGCUGAGCCUGGGGCCGCUCGUGACGCUGGUGCUGGCAGACGACGGGACAGCGGUGGAGACCGAGGGGUUUUUUGGGGCGCUGGCACCCCAUACCCCCCUCAUGGCCCUGGCGCCAGGGCAGCACUGGGAGCCUCCCAAGGCCAGGUUGUUCAGGGAGCACUGGGAGCCUGACCCCCCCCAGGAACGGGGCUCCCGCCCUGGGGCCGAGGUGGCCCGGGUGACGGUGGCCCUGACGAAGGCGAAUCCCCACGACCUGGUGGGGCAGCUGCGGGUGACGGCGGCCGUCAGGGGCCUCCGCUGCGACGUGGGGGGGCUCGGCCCCGAGCGGCUCCUGAGGGAGCUGCUGCGGCUGCUGGCGGCCAUGACACGCGCCGUGGGGCAGAGCCUCCUGGGGCUCUCCGCCGCUCUCCGCCGUCUCCUCGACAGCGCUUCGCCCCACAGAGUGACCUACAACCGCUAAACCCCGCCUCCUGCCUCAUAACCCCGCCCCUUUCCCUUCUAACCCCGCCCCUUUCCCUUCUAACCCCGCCAAUAAAAGGCUGACAAAGCG